AUGAUACUUUUAUUAACGGUUUUUUCCACAUCUCUUUCCUUGCCAAAUGUAUCUGAAUUUUGUCCAGAGUAUUUCAAUUCCAUCAAUUUAGAUGCAAGAGAAGUGAAAGAAUACUUUUUUAAAACCAUUGAGUUGACCUCUGACGCGGAUAUUCUCAAAUGCUUUCCUAGAAGUAUUGAUUUCUUUUACUCUUACGUGUUACAGGAAUUUCAGAGCUUUUUGCAAAAUUAUAACAAAGAAAACGUUGAAAUGAACUUUCUCAAAGUCCUUCAUUCAUUCGUGAACAAAAUCAUUUACCAGCCGUUUUUGCUUGCCAAGUUUAUGGAACCCAACCAGAACAUUGUGUUUACCUAA